AUGAAUGAUUGUUAUUUCGAAUUAGAAUCAUUAAUUAACGAUUUACCAUAACGAACGCUUGCAUUAAAAAUGCAAUAAUUAUUUUAUGGAGUAAUAAAUCAAGAAAAACAAAGUAGUCCUAUUUUAGAGGUUGAAAAAUAUUUCCGCAAAAUGAUAAAAAAAAUUGAGUAGUUUUAUUGCAGAAGAUUACAAAAAUUGGAGUAUUUUAUUUCAAAAAAAGCAGACUCUCAACUAAUUUUGUUAUGCAUAAAUAAAUAUUUAGAGACAAAGCCUUGGAGAGAAAAUAUGGAUUAUACAGCUAAAGCAACUAAGCAUAAUAAAAUUGAUGAUAAAAAUUGUAAUCAAUUCAUAAAUUUUGACAAUAUUAAAGAGGAACAUAAUUCAAGCAAAACAUCUACACCUUUUAGUCAUUAUACAGGAAUUCCAUCUAUACCCAGGGAUUCAUCAUUAAAUUAAGCAAUAUUUUUAGAAUAUGAAAAUUCAUUAACAUCGUCGUCAUCAUUUUAACAGGACAACUAAGAUGCUCAAAUAGAUAUUUCUGAGAUCUAAUAUAAACUCUAAUAAUUAGUAGAUAAAUCACCAAAAAAGAUAAGUGUAGUUAAGAAGAAACAAUAAUUAGUAGAUUUAAAAGAUAGCGAAUUAGAAGAGUUCUCUGCCUUAUCACCUCCUCAUUAAAAUAUUUUGGAUUGCAACAUCAGUGAUAUCAAAUCUGGUUUUGAUUCUAGAUUGAUUUCUUCAAGAUCACUUCUAAAAGAAUCAAAUAAUCAAGGUAAGUAACCAAAAAGUCCCUAAUAAGUUCCACAAACAAGAGAGUUUGAGAGCUUAUUUCAAACUUAUUAAUCAACGAAAGAAAUUAUUAAGUAUGUUGAAUAAUAUCAUUAAAUGCAAUAAUAAUAGCAAGUCCAAUAACAUCAUCAGUAGAGUUUUAAGACAAAACCUAGUCUUGAAGUUAAUAACGUAUUGUCAUGUUUUCAAGAUAAAUGGUAAAGUCCCUCAGCCAACAAAAGAUAUCGCGUGAGAUCUUCUUAUCAAAAAGAAAUACCAUCUUAAAACAAACUAAAAGUCAACACUUCUCAUGAAAAUUUUGAAAUUCGAACCUCUAAAUCUAUUUAAUCAAAGUAAAGGCAUUUUCAACUAUCUUCACCACUAAAUGAAUCCAUGAAUUAAUUAAAGCAAAAAUAAUAAAAUUAACUCAUAUAAUAGCAAUCAUUAUAAUAAAAGAAAAACCUACAAAGAUACCAACCAUAAACAUUAUCAUCUGCCUUAUCUCAUCUAUACAAAAGAUUUUCCUAUCAAAAACAAAGUUCAUCUGUGGUGACUAAGCGAUCUACAAAACAAACAAUUAGCUAUUCUCUAGAAAAAGAUCAUUAAAAAAAUACAUGCAAAUUAGUUGAUUAUUUAAUAAACUAUUGA